AUGAAGACGCUGAUGAAGCGAAGCAGCUUGGCCGUGCCCAGCCCUCUCGGAUCGCCCCUCGAGCCGGGGACCUUGGUCUGGGUGAAGGACAAGGAUGGCGGUCAGGUGUGGGUGAAAGCGGAGGUCCUGUCCAUCGAUGGGUCCAAUGUUCAGGUCAGAACUGAUGAUGGCGAAGUCUUUAUGCUGACAUCAGCGGACAAGAUCUUGCGUUGUAACGAAGAUACUUGGAAGUCCAAGGAAGGAUUAACAGGUGUCAACGACCUCUCCUCCCUCACACAUUUGCACGAGCCGGAGGUCCUGCAGGCCUUACACCUCCGAUUCGAUGUGGAUCAGAUCUACACGUUCUGUGGCCCGAUACUUAUCGCUUUGAACCCGUUCAAAGACAUUCCGGGACUCUACGCCAGCGUGAACGACAAGAAGUUUCAGGACCUGUCCAAGCCGCCGCCGCACAUCUACGCCGUUGCCUCCAGGGCCUUCCACGGACUCUCGAACGCGAAGCAGUCACAGGUCGUCCUGAUCAGCGGUGAGAGCGGAGCGGGGAAGACGGAAACAACCAAGCACGUGCUGAAAUUCCUGACGUCCCAGCUCUCCGAGAACAAGAGCAAGGAGAAGGGCAAGACAAGCCAAGUCGGGAAGACUCCGUCCGUACAUUCCGGAACCGAGAAAAAGGUGCUCAGCUCGAACCCGAUCCUCGAAGCUUUCGGCAACGCAUGCACCGUUCGAAACAACAACUCCUCUCGCUUCGGCAAGUUCAUCGAACUCCGAUUCCAAGCUGCUGGAGGCCAUGGACCGUCGUUCUCAAAUGCCGCGAUCGAAACGUACCUGCUGGAGAAGGUGCGCGUGACAAAGAUCGACAAACAGGAGAGGUCGUACCACAUCUUCUACCAGGCUUGCGCAGCAGCUGCGAAUCUAGACCCGCAAGACCUUGAAGGAUUGCCGAUGGACUACUUCCGCUCUGCCCAGGACUUCCGAUAUCUGGUGCAGUCGGACCGCUUUGAGCUGGAUGGUGUCGACGAUGCCGAGGAGUUCCAAAUCAUGAGGAAGUCCAUGGAGGCCAUGGACAUCCCCCCACAGGAGCAGGCCGACAUCUUCCGCAUCACAGCGGCGGUUCUUCACAUAGGCAACCUCACAAUCGUCGAGAAGGUCGCCGGGAAGUUCGAAGUUGACCAGAACAACCCCUCCUUCAAGGCUGUGAGCGAGAUCAUGGGCAUACAGCCCGCGGCUCUGGCAAGGGCUCUUACACACAAGCUCAUUGCUGUCGGAAGUGAGCGCUACGACUCGCCCCUGGAGCGUGAGCAGUGCGAGGCACGCCGUGAGUCUUUCGCCAGGAUGAUUUAUUCUUACCUCUUUAAUCACAUGGUGUACCGCAUCAACGAGUCCCUGUCAUCCGGGCGAACAGGUUCCACGACUUCCAAGUUGUCCUUCAUCGGAGUCUUGGACAUCUUCGGCUUCGAGCAUUUCAAGGUUAACUCGUUCGAGCAGCUUUGCAUCAACUUUGCCAACGAGCGGUUGCAGCAGAUGUUCAACCAUUUCGUUUUCGAAGUGGAGAUGGAGCUGUACAAGCAGGAGGGCAUUACCUGCGAUUUCUCGGACUUCCCAGACAACCAGGGCAUCAUCGACCUGAUUCAAGCCAAGUCGAUGAGUGUUUUCACACUGCUGGACGAGGAGUGUCGGAUGCCAAAGGUCGUCAUAGAUGGUAGAGAGAACUUUACCCUCACGGCCAUUGAGCCUCGCUUUGGCUUCACUUUCCUGCGUGAGUGGGGCACCAACGGCACCGAGCAUUGCCGCACCUUGCACAUCACCUCGCCAAGUGGAAACGAUGUCCAUUUUGAGUGCCGCGCGUGGGGCAGUUCCGAGCCACAGUUGGAGCUAACUGGUCACAUCGAAAUGGGUGGAGAGUUUGGCACUUACACGGUGACCUCUGGGCAAGCCACAUGGGUCGUCGACAGGUGGGAUUACUGGAGCAAGAGUCCCCCUCAAGUGUACUUGAUUGCUUUUGUUCCUAUUGGUAUGGCAAUGUGUGCUUUCGGGGGCAUUCUUCUGUGGAUAGGCUUUUGUUGCCACUGCUGCACCGGAAGCUUCACGAAAGAGUGA